AUGAUAUUAACUGUUUUAAUGGUGGUUGAAAUGUGUUGGUGUGCUAGAACGGUUUAUGGACAUGAGAGAAUGAUGAGAAGUUGGAAUAAUAAACGUGUGGUUGAACUAAAUGCAAUGACCUUGGUCUACCAGUCUGAACUAAAUGCAGCAUUGGUCCAUGCAAGGAACCUUGCGUGUUUAUCUAAUUUGGUGAGUGAUUUUGAUUGGUUUGUGAACGAAUCAAAUGCAAGGAAACGUCCAUUGAUGAGAGAAAGACAAUAUUUAGACUAUAUCAAUGUACUAAAGAUGCUACCAGAAUUGAAGGAAAUGUGUAAGACAAAAAGUAUGCUAAUGAAUAUUUCAAUAUUCAAUAAGAAUAAGAAGGAAGUCUAUAAGAAAAUCAAGGUCUUUAUGUGUCAAGUAGAGGAGUUUAUAAUAAGAUCCAGAACAGCAAUACGGUUCAAUCAGUCUGAAAUAGCAUUGGCUUUAGGUGAGAAAUGA